CCCACUGGAAUUCCAGGCACAGCCCCUGGUUUUCAGGCUGCUUGAACCAUUUCUAUUUAUCUUUAACCCAAGCCUACUCUUCCUUCUAUUCCUCUUUCCUCUCCUUCAUCUUCUCGUUUCCCGAUUUUAGUAUUUCUCUACCCUAUCCUCCAUUACUACACACCCUUUCUAGAAUUCGUAACCCAUAUUUCCCCUGUUUCCUCUGUUCUUCGUAUUUUUUUUUCCCCGGGGCAUUUUGGUUUUCGGGGUGCUGUUCCCUGCGUUUCCCGAUUUUUUUGGACAAUACCCAUUUGCGGAAAACGCAUUCUGUCGGGGCCGUUGGAGGCAUUUCGUGAUUGAGCUCUGUUUUUGGUACCAUACCGUGAUCGUAGGGUUUCUCUUUUAUUAAUAAUUGGUUGACUUUCUGCUGAAUUAAACUAAAUGGGGAUCGAGAGGGCUUUGGCUGACAGAAAGGGUAGAGACUUCUGUGGAUUACCCAAGGAGACGAACGCCAACAGCAAAUCAAGGAAGAACCGGCGGCGUCAGAUGAAGAUGUCGCCGGUUCAGCCUCAGAUGAAGAUGUCGCCGGUUCAGCGACUAUUUGAGACGUGCCGGGAAGUAUUUGCCUCUGGUGGAACUGGGAUCAUUCCACCCCCUAAAGACAUUGAAAAGCUUCGAGCUGUUAUAGACGCUAUAAAACUGGAAGAUGUUGGCUUGAGAGCUGAAAUGCGAUACUUCCGGAAGCGCGCUACUCAUAGAACCCCGAGAAUCACAUACGUGCAUAUCUUUGAGUGUGAAAAAUUCUCGAUAGGAAUAUUUUGCUUGCCACCUUCUGGUGUUAUUCCUCUUCAUAAUCAUCCUGGAAUGACAGUCUUCAGUAAACUUCUUUUCGGGACCAUGCAUAUCAAGUCAUAUGAUUGGGUGGCCGACUUGCAUCCAGACACCCCUACUGUUUUGAUACCGCCCGAAAUCAAGAGUUCAGAGGUGCGGUUGGCUAAAGUGAAGGUUGAUGCUGACUUCACUGCUCCUUGCAACCCCUCCAUACUUUAUCCCGCUGAUGGAGGCAACAUGCAUUGCUUCACGGCAGUCACAGCUUGUGCUGUUCUUGAUGUUCUUGGUCCUCCUUAUUCUGAUCCUGAUGGUCGACACUGCACCUACUACCUCAAUUACCCCUUUUCCCACUUCUCAGUGGAUGGAAUUGUCGUGCCAGAAGAAGAAAGGAAAGGCUAUGAAUGGCUUCGAGAGCGAGAGCGCCUUGAUGAUAUAGUUGUAGAUGGGGCAAAGUACAGAGGCCCGAAAAUUGCGGAGGAAUAGCUUGAUGUUGUCGCUGAGCUCAUCUUUGCCAUCUUAUUCCUGUCGUGUCAGACAUUCCUGCAGACAAAUUUUCUAGCAAAGCUAUUGUUCGGAUGCUGCCAAUCUGUCCAGCACUGAAGCUUGUCGUCUUCAUCUUUGUUCUCCCGUACUCUCUGUGUUCUCCUUUUCAUUAUUGAGCAGGUCGGGUUAAAAUGUACAUAUCGAACCAGGAAGAGACAGACAGAUUCUGCAUAGGUAGUUGAAAUUGGAAUGGGGGUUCAAUGAGUUAUCCAAUAGCGCAUCGUUUUGAUCGUUGA